CUUGCUAAACAAUUCGCCGCCACAAUACCACUGAUUCAAUGAUUAUCGAUCGUGAACCAUAAUCAGAGGAAACAUAUUCAAAUUCGCACCAAAAUCAAAACCUAAAAACGAACCACAAUUCGCAAGAAUGUCAAAUUCCGCUAUUCAGAACAGCGGAGUAGAAGAAAUUGAUAGCAAAGACAGACUCAGUGACUUAUCUGAUUGUCUUAUCAUUCACAUACUCUCAUAUUUGGACGCCAAACAAGCCGUUCAAACUUCCGUUCUUGCUCCGAGAUGGAUGAAUCUCUGGACAGGUUUUCCUGAACUUACAUUGCAUUCUACAGGCUUUCAAACUUGCGAGAUAUUCACGAAAUUCGUGUCUAGGGUUUUAUGUCUUCGCGAUCCUUCUAUUCCAUUGCAGGCUCUUGAUUUUAAGCAUGCUAGGGCUACUGGUAGGUUGGAGCCUCGGUUACUCAAAAUGAUUGUUAAUUAUGCUAAUUACUCAUGCCAGACUUUAACACAUCUGAAGCUUGCUAUUUACUCUCGUGGAGGUCAUCAAAUACCAUUUCCAGAAUCUUUAAAUUUGCCUGCACUAACUAGCUUGCAACUAGAGAAUUUUAAAUUUUGUGGUGGGGAUAAGAGUCGCGCUGAGCCAUUUUCGACUUUUAACAAGCUGAGUAGUUUGCUCAUUUCCAAUUGUACUAUAAGUGGUGCAAUAUUCCUUUGCAUAUCAAGUGUGACGCUUGUCAAUUUUACUCUGUAUAAUAAGCUUUCCAACUUUUAUAUAAUUGAGCUAUGUACUCCAAGUCUUUGUACGUUCGCUUUUACUGGUACUCCUUAUCAGACACUCUCGUGGAGCAAUGUUUCUUCUGUUAAACAUGUAGAAAUAUAUGCAGAAGUAAUUCCAUAUCAAAAGGAGCCUCCUUUAACUCUAUUGAAAUGGCUGCGAUUGUUUCCUAAUAUAAAAUCAUUGACAGUCUCUACAACUACUCUUCAGGUUCUCUACUUAAUUCGCGAUCUGUCUCCCUAUCUGUUGAAGCUUAAUCUCCGUUCAUUGGGUAACUUGGAGUCAUUGAAAGUGAAAAUGGAACCAUUUUCGGAUGGAUUUCGCAUGACAAUGUGCCAUGUCAUGUUACAAAAAGCCAAGUCAAAGGAAGAAGCUUCUAGCUUACAAAGAGCAUUUACAGAAGGAUCGGAACCAUCUUCACCCAUACCUGAUGAAAUAAUGGAUUUAUUUCUUCGGAGUUCGCCCACGGCAAAAGUUGAGUUCAUAGAUUGCUAAAGGCAACCUCUUAGACAGACACAUUUAUAAUUGGUUUGUUUUUUUAUUUCUUUCUCAGUUUCUGAAUGUCUCUUUGGUUAUAACUAAUUAUUAUUGAAUAAAUUUCAAGUAAACAUUAGCUUGUGCUCUUUUCUUCUCUGUCUUCAUAAUUAAUUAUUAUUGAAUUAUUUUUACUGAAGAAA